AUGGCGUCCCCAAAACUCAAGAUCCUUGCGCUCCUCGGGCUCGUCUCCCCCGAGGCCCUUGCUCAGCUCUUCACGGUCAACUGCGCGCCGCUGACAACCUUCCGCGGAGACCCCAUCGUCUUUCCGGGCGUCUUGUCUUCUCACGUCCACGCCGUAGUGGGCGGCACGCGGUUUGCCCUCAGCCUGACCAACGAGGAAGCCAGGAACGCCAAGGCCACGACCUGCGACAAGGUGCUGGACAAGAGCAACUACUGGCAGCCGCUCAUGUACCACCAGCGGCGGGACGGCAAGUUUGAGGUGGUGGAGAUGCAGGGCAUAGCUGCGUAUUACAUUGACCGAGCGUGCGACUACGCGCCGGGUCGCAAGAACUGCCGCGGCAUGCCGCAUGCCAAGGCGCCGCCAAAGGGCCUCCGUAUGAUCGUCGGAGAUCCCUCUCUCAGAACGUAUAACCGCUCGAACCCGGAGCAGCGGGCCAUUUCCCACGUCUGCCUGGGGAAGAACAACUCGGGCGAGACGCCGAACCUUCCCACGCAGCAGUGCGAGCGGAUGCGAACCGAGACCUUCUUCCCUUCCUGCUGGGACGGCAAGAACCUGGACAGCAGCAACCACAAAAGCCACAUGGCGUUCCCGGCCAUUGGCGACUACAACACGGGCGUGUGCCCCGAGUCGCACCCCGUCGCCAUCCUCUCCGUCUUCUUUGAGUUCUUCCACAACACAAACGCCAUCAAGGACUUCAACCGCCUCGUGUGGGCCCACGGCGACGCCACCGGCUACGGGCUGCACGGCGACUUCCUCAACGGCUGGAGCGACCAGGAUGCGCUGGAACGUGCCAUUGCCACCUGCACCGGAGCACGGGGCGUCAACGACCCCGGGUGUAGCUUGAACGUCGGUCCUAACGGGCCUGGUCGGGCUAGCCGGCAGCCGCUCGAGAGGGCUGCGCCGACCGAGGACAUUGGACUGCAGGGGCCGCUGGACAAGUUGCCGGGGAACAAUCCCGUGACCCCGUGA